GAUGUUGUGGUUGUGUGGCAGAUGCAGAAGAACGAAAGUAAACUUGAAAGUUGAAAGUAAUAAUAUUUUCGCUUGGCAUGUGCAACGUUGCUUGAAGACGUGAGGGUCUAAAAUGCUGAUAUUUUUAAAUUGAUAAUCUCAAACAACAACUUGUGAAUCUGUGCCAACGCAACGGUUAGACGAUGCGCCUGGAACAAGUUUAGUUUGUCAGGAAAACAGUAGAUAGGUACAUUAAAAACCUCAAGUUCUCUCAUUCAUCGACCUGCAAGAUGGAUGAGACGACGAAACUCGUGUUCCUUUCCCUGCUGAUGCUGGUUGGAAGCUAUAUUUCCGGAUCCAUACCGCUCACCAUGUCACUCUCUCAGGAGAGUCUUCAGCUGGUGUCGGUUUUGGGUGCCGGUUUGUUGGUUGGAACCGCCCUUUCUGUCAUCAUUCCGGAGGGUGUCAGGUCACUCCUCAGCAUGCCCCCCAACACAGCAGAUCAUUCAGGAGGACACGAAGGCUCUGGAGGAGUUGUCAAAUUAAAUAAUGAGCACGCUGAUGAAGGCACUGACGUCCAUUCCCUGAUCGGGAUCUCCCUGGUGCUUGGAUUUGUUUUCAUGUUGCUCGUCGAUCAACUGUCUGCUAAUGCUAAGAGGGGUGACGUGGACACGAAAAAAGAGAAGAGUAUGACUGCUACUUUAGGCUUGGUGGUUCAUGCAGCAGCUGAUGGAAUUGCCCUGGGAGCCGCUGCGUCGACAGCGCACACGGAUGUUGAAAUGAUCGUGUUUAUAGCUAUUAUGUUACACAAGGCACCGGCUGCCUUUGGACUUGUUACAUUCCUCAUGCACGAAGGCUUGGAGAGAAACAGAAUUAGGAAGCACCUAAUCAUAUUCUCGGUAUCAGCCCCUAUUGCCGCCCUAGUGACCUACUUUGGUCUUGGACAGGAUAGUAAAGACACACUGAGUUCGGUGAACGCCACCGGCUUAGCGAUGCUGUUCAGCGCCGGCACCUUCCUCUACGUCGCCACCGUGCACGUGCUGCCGGAACUGACGCAGCGAUCUCACUCGCACACGCACCAGCCGCUGAUCCCUGAAAACGGCGCAGUGGCCAACCACGGCAGCAAAACCUUGAGACUUCGCGAACUCUUCUUCCUUGUUGUGGGCACGUUGUUGCCUUUAAUGUUAGCCGUGGGCCAUCACCACUAGUCCGACUGUUCUUGACCACAUUCAGUGCAAACAUUUUUUUUGCCAACAAGCCAUUUUCUAACAAGUUCUAUUUUUUACUGUGAAAGGACAAAUGUAAAGAAGUGUGAUGUUUUGCUAAACAAUUGGAUUUUCAAACAAACAUGCCCGGCUUUGAAGGCAUUGAAGGCGUUAAAGCGCAAUUCUGCAUCUUAGAUUUGUUGUUAUACUUUAUAUUGGAUAUUUUCUUCUUAAAAAGGUGGAAAUAAGAUAAAUUUAUUAUUA